GACGAUUAAUCUGUAUUACAGGACGAUUACAACGGCACCGGCAAGAAGACGUAACAAGUUAUGGAAUUAUUUUGAGGAAUUGAAUCCUUCGCUGGUAAAGUGCACGACCUGUAAAAAAGAAAUUAAGAUACCUAAUCGAACGAAGUCUAUGUUAAUAUUCAGAGUACACUUAGUAAAUGUACAUAGAAUAUACCCCGAUGAUGACAUUUAUAGACUACCUGACGACUUAAGGCAAUAUUACUCGGAAUUACCGGGCUAUAAGGCAAAAUGUAAUAACUGUAGUAAAAUAAUGUCUUUCUUAACGAACAAGGCAUAUUUACGAAAACAUUUAAAAAAACAUUCCACAAUAAUCCAGAGUCAAGAUGAAACAGUUACGAUAUCGAGAAAAAAACGCAGGAAGUUAUGGAAAUAUUUCGAAAAAUUGAAACCUUCGUUGAUAAAGUGCGUAAUUUGUAAAAUCGAAAUUUAUGUGCCUCAUCCAUCAAACAGCACAGUAAUAACGAUAGGACACUUAAAAAGACAUGGAAUAUUUUUCAAUAAUGACACUUUCGCACUACCUGAUGACUUGAGGCAAUAUUACGCAGAGUUACCGAGAUAUAAGGCAAAGUGUAAUGAUUGUGGUAAAACAAUGUCUUUCUUAACAAAUAUUGUACGUUUACGAAAACAUUUAAGAAGACAUUCGACAAGAAUCCUGAGCCGAGAUGAACCAAGCACUUCAAGUUUAGCGGACAAUAGUAUAGAUCCUUCUGCAGACCAUCAAAGGCGAGAUCGAAGCCAAGAAUCACUUAGUUUGCCCGCUCAAUCAUUUGAACAAAUGAGGAAAGGAACUAGCGCACUUAAUAAGACUGUUAUAAUGGCACUGAAAAAAAAACGCAGCAAGUUGUGGAAUUAUUUUGAGGAAUUAAAACCUUUGCUAAUAAAGUGCACAACCUGUAAAAAAGAAAUUAAAAUAUCUUCUCCAGGAAACUACACAUACGUAAUGAGAGUGCACUUAAAUAGACAUGGAAUAUUUCUCGAUAAUGACACUCUACCUGACAACUUAAGGCGAUAUUACUCGGAGUUACCGGGAUAUAAGGCAAAAUGCAAUAAUUGCGGCGAAACAGUAUCUUUCUUAAUAGAUUAUAAAAAUUUACGCAGACAUUUAAGAAGACAUUCCACAAGUAUCCAGAGUCCAAAUGAGACAAUUAUAAAGGCACCGAUAAAAAGACGCAGCAAGUUGUGGAAUUAUUUCAAGGAAUUAAAACCUUUGCUGGUAUGGAACAUUUACGAAAACAUUUAAGAAAACAUUCCACAAGAAUCCAGAGUCAAGAUGAACCAAGCACUUCAAGUUUAGCGGAUGAUAAUGAUCGAAACAAAUAAUAAUUCUUAUUAUAAAAAGCAACGACUUGCUGAAAUAUCAC